CUCAAGGAAUGCCUGAAAAACAACUAGGAGUGCUUAAGGCACUUGAUGUUGCGAAGACGCAACUGUACCAUUUCACGGCGAUUCUCAUUGCUGGAAUGGGUUUCUUUACUGAUGCCUACGAUCUCUUCUGUGUCUCUCUGGUGACCAAACUCCUUGGCCGCAUCUACUACUUCAAUCCACUGUCAGACAAGCCUGGCUCACUUCCCCCUCACGCUGCGGGAGCGGUCAAUGGUGCGGCUCUUUGUGGAACCCUUGCUGGUCAGCUCUUCUUCGGAUGGCUCGGUGACAAGCUUGGAAGAAAAACAGUGUAUGGUAUCACUUUGAUCAUGAUGACUUUGUGCUCCAUCGGUUCGGGUCUCUCCUUCGGUAACAAAGCCACGGGUGUCAUGACCACCCUCUGCUUCUUCAGGUUUUGGCUGGGAUUUGGUAUUGGAGGUGACUACCCUCUUUCUGCGACUAUUAUGUCUGAAUACGCCAACAAGAAGACUCGUGGUGCUUUCAUCGGUGCGGUAUUUGCUAUGCAAGGUGUUGGUAUAUUAGCUGGAGGUUUUGUGGCACUUGUAGUAUCUUCUAUAUUCGACAUGAAGUUUCCAGCACCAACCUAUAAAGUUGAUAGGGUUCUCUCAACGCCUCCUCAGGCUGAUUACGUUUGGCGAAUCAUCGUCAUGUUUGGUGCUCUACCCGCAGUCUUGACUUACUACUGGCGCAUGAAAAUGCCAGAGACCGCUCGGUACACUGCCUUGGUCGCAAAAAACAUCAAACAAGCCACACAAGAUAUGUCCAAGGUCUUACAAAUACAACUUGAGGUGGAGGAAAGAGCGGCGGAUAUCAUGAAAGACCCCAGACUUAGCUAUGGCUUGUUCUCCAAGGAAUUCGCCAAACGACAUGGUCUUCCACUACUCGGAUGUACAACCACAUGGUUCUUGCUUGACAUUGCCUUUUACAGCGAAAACCUGUUCCAAAAGGAUAUCUUCUCGGGUAUCGGAUGGAUCCCAAAGGCAUCCACUAUGAACGCCAUCCAUGAGGUUUUCAAGAUUGCUAGGGCUCAAACUCUCAUCGCGCUCUGUAGUACUGUCCCUGGUUACUGGUUUACGGUUGCGUUUAUUGAGAUCAUGGGAAGAGUCGCGAUCCAGCUGAUGGGAUUCUUCAUGAUGACUGUCUUUAUGUUUGCCAUUGCCUUCCCUUAUGAUCACUGGACCAAACCGGAGAAUCGUUUAGGGUUCGUGGUUAUGUACUCUCUCACUUUCUUCUUUGCCAAUUUUGGACCAAACGCAACCACUUUCAUUAUACCGGCUGAGAUAUUCCCAGCUAGGCUAAGAUCCACGUGCCAUGGGAUAUCGGCCGCAACAGGUAAGGCUGGAGCCAUCGUGGGAGCUUUUGGGUUCCUAUACGCAGCUCAGCCACAGGACAAGACCAAGACGGACGCAGGAUAUCCACCGGGAAUUGGAAUCAAGAACUCACUGAUCACGCUUGGUGUCAUCAACUUCGUCGGUAUGCUCUUCACCUUCCUUGUCCCUGAGCCCAAAGGAAAAUCCCUCGAAGAACUAUCCGGUGAGAAUGAGGUUGGGAAAUGAUCAUGGAGAAAUUGUUGUUUUUGUAUUUUUCAAUUUUAUUAUGUGGAGUGUGGAGUUUGUUUUGUUUUUCUUCUGUUUUUCACCGAUCUUGACGAUAUGAUGUUUAUAAGAAGAAUAAUAUUUCUAAUCUUCCGAACGUUAGCGAACUUGAUUGGAUUCUGUUGGGAAGAAGAUGAAGUUGAUGUAUUUUUUUGAGAGAAAUAUCUAUGUGUUAAAAGUAUUAUUGUGAUGUAAACCAUAUGUUAAAAUCCUAGCUAAUAGGUAGCCUAGUGGUUGAAUUAUGUGUAGAUUCAAGUUUCAGUCUUGGGUUUGAUUCUCUUUGCAUUUAAAUUUUUGUUUUAAAUAAAUUAACUAAACAAUGUAUAAGUUCAAAAAAGUAGACAAAUCUUAAACAGGUUACCAACAAUUAAAUAAACAUCAAUUAUGAUUUAUGAGAUAAUCACUACAAGAAAACAGCAAGGAUUCUGAGGGAAAAAAAUCGUCGGAAUUUCGUCGGAAUAUCGUUAUUCCGACGACAUACCGACGAAACAAGUCAUCGGAAAUAAUUCCUCGGAAUUUCUUCUUUCCUCGGAAAUCCCUCGGAAAUUUCCGACGGAAUUCCGAGGAACCAAAUUUCCGAGGAAAUUCCGAGGAUC